AACCUAUUCUCUUUAACGAUGGCGAAGAAAACGAAUUACAAGAUGCCCGAGCGCAACUUGGAUCUCCCUGCCGAUAUGGCAUUCGUGAACAAUCUGCUCAAGGACCUUGGAUUGGAGGCGGAUUCGUCAUCACGUGGCGUUAUCCUGGACCUGGCCUACACUUUGGCAAGGGACAAACUGGUGGAGGCCCAACGCUUUGCCACGAUGGCCAACCGUUCCAACGUGAGUGUCGAGGAUCUGCACAUGGCGGAUCCGGAGCGGGCCGUCCCGCUGGUAAAGGUCCCGAAGGAGAGUACCGAGAAUCUGGAGAAGGAGAUGGAGAUCGACCAGCCGGGGACUAGUGCGAAGGCGAGCCCGCAGGCGUCGAAGCCCCUGGCCAAGGAGGCCAGCCAGGACCCGGGUUCGAGCAAGGGACCAAUGCAGCCCACCUCUCGCGGUGAUCAGGUGGGCAAGAAGGCCGAUCUGAAGCCCAAGGGCGCUGAGCAGGCCAAACCGAAGCCGAAGACCCGAGCAAGUUCAUCCAAACAGGUGGAACCACCUGCCACUCCAACCACUUCCGGAGCUGGUCCUUCACAACGUACUCCUACGGUCGCCAAGAAGCCACGUAUCGGAGCAAGUGCAUCCAAACAGGUGGAACCACCUGCCACUCCAACCACUUCCGGAGCUGCUCCUGUACAACGCACUCCCAGGGUCGCCAAGAAGCCACGUAUCGGAGCAAGUUCAUCCAAUCCGGUGGAGCCUCCUGCCACUCCAACCACUUCCGGAGCUGUUCCUGUACAACGCACUCCCAGGGUCGCCAAGAAGCCACGUGGCGGAGCAAGUGCAUCCAAUCCGGUGGAGCCUCCUGCCACUCCAACCACUUCCGGAGCUGCUCCUGUACAACGCACUCCCAGGGUCGCCAAGAAGCCACGUAUCGGAGCAAGUUCAUCCAAUCCGGUGGAGCCUCCUGCCACUCCAACCACUUCCGGAGCUGCUCCUGUACAACGCACUCCCAGGGUCGCCAAGAAGCCACGUAUCGGAGCAAGUGCAUCCAAUCCGGUGGAGCCUCCUGCCACUCCAACCACUUCCGGAGCUGCUCCUGUACAACGCACUCCCAGGGUCGCCAAGAAGCCACGUAUCGGAGCAAGUUCAUCCAAUCCGGCGGAACCUCCUGCCACUCCAACCACCUCCGGACCUGGACCUUCGCAACCGGUGGCGCCCCCUGCCACUCCAACUACUUCCGGACCUGGUCCUUCUCAACCGGUGAUGCCUCCUGCCACUCCAACUACUUCCGGAGCUGGUCCUUCACAACCCACUCCCAAGGUCGUCAAGAAGCCACGUACCAGAAUUAUCUACAAAAAGUAG